GUGGACAACCACUUAGUAACUGCCAAGUGUCCUCCGCGGCCACCCACACCUCCUCCUCCUCUUCUCCCUAAUUACCUUAAAGCAAACCCCAGUUUACAGUGUACUAGGAAUUAGAUAUUGUGAGUGAGCUGGUCGUGGAAGACCUGGGUAUAACGGCCGCCUCGAGGAGUAAGAUCAUCAUAAGAUGAGUUCAAGUUGAUGAUGGCGUCGACACUCUGGGCCAUACUCGCUCUCAUCACCGGUGUGGUGGUGGCAGGAGCCGAGGGCGCCGCCUGCACGGUGGAGGAGUACCAGUGUAGGACCAGUGGCGAGUGUAUCAGCAAGGAAUGGGUGUGUGACGAGUUCCCAGAUUGCGACGACAAGAGUGACGAGCCGCCUCUCUACGACUGUACGUCGACAGGUGCUGAGGACGAUGCUGGCAGCGAUGGUGGGGACGUCGGGACGCAGGACGCUGGAGGGACGCAGGACGCAGAAGAUACGCAGGAUCAUGAGGACCCUGAUGAACAAUCCGCUGAGGUACCGGGUCCAGACGGUAGUGAAGGCGUGUCGGUGGAGCAGCCUCCAGUGGUGGAGGCGGAGCCUCAGGAGAGAUGCGCCACCACCAAAUGCCAACCUGGGAGGAAGUUGCGACUGGUGGACGGACGGGUGUACCGGUACGACUAUGUGACGGAGAGCAUGACGCGUGUGGCCGGCUCCUCCCCCUCCGUCACCACCCUCACCAUCACCGCCACCCUCGCCCUCACCUCCCUCACCGCCUGCGAGAUGCAGUUAGUGGUAGAGAAGCUGAGCGUGAAGACGAGUAAGAGUGACAGCGGAGGCCAGCAGGAGAUGGUUGAGGACACCGCCUUCACCGAAGCCGUCACCAAGAACCCACUGCGGUUUGCGUACCACGACGGGGAGGUGGAGGAGGUGUGUCCCGCGCCUGAUGAAGACCCCCGCGCCCUCAACUUCAAGCGUGCAGUUGUCUCCCUUCUUCAGAACACCAUGGAGCGUCUUGACCUCGACUACCGUGCUGUGGAGAGGGACGUGGUGGGGGAGUGCCAGGUGGACUACGUGGUGCAGGGCGCCGCGGGGACCAGCCUCCUCAUCCACAAGAAACGCCAUAUUCCCUCCUGCACCGCCCGCUCGUCCACCACCUCAUUUGUGCAAGGAGUCCCCUACGCCUUCGCUGGAGGCCUUCAGAACAUACCGCUGUUGAACAGCAGCAGUAGCUGCAUCCAGGAGAUAGGAAAGGGGCUGGUAAAGUCUGCCAGCUGUCUUGAGGAGCACCGCUUCACACCCUUCAGCACGGAGCAAGGCGGCAUUAUUACCUCCAUCACCCAGAACCUCACAUUCAUUCGCCAGACAUUCUCACAGGCUAAGAUGGGGGCUGUCCAUGGGCGUACUGACCUGCGUUACGACCACCACAACCACAUCCACCUGGAGGGCAUGACCUCUGGCCAGGUGGACGAUGCCCACCAGUGGAGAGCCCAAACAACUACGCUUCUAGACCACAUUGCUGACAAUAUGAAGAGGGAGGGUGUGGCCACCAACGCCCCCCGGCUCUUCAUCGACUUAGUGCAGGUGUUGCGUCAUCUGAACUUCGAGCAGCUGUGGGGCAUCACCCAGGAACGACAGUGGGGACCUGAACGGCCGGUGUUCGAGGACGCCCUGCCCAUGGUGGGUACCGGGGCCAGUGUGGGCGUGAUGCGGGACCUGAUGGUGAAGCAUCAGGUCAACGAUAUCAUCACCAACACCUGGCUCACCUCCCUCUCCUUCAUACCCAGGCCAGACCUGGACACAAUAGUGGAGGCGGCGCCACUGCUGGAGUCUGAGUCGGUGGCUGCAGAUGCCUUCCUGGGAGUUGGUUCCUUGGUGCACUCGUACUGCCGCGACCACCUCUCCUGCAGCACAGACCCGCCCGUCCGCGGCGUCAUGGACGCCCUCCAGGGAUUUCUUCACACAGGCUGCAGAGAGGAUACUAGUGAAGCCAAGAUCCAGGUUCUGAUGGCACUGAAGGGGAUUGGCAACGCUGGCCUUGCGGUUACAGAGACCAUCCCUGAUAGUCUGGCCAAGUGUUUCUUUGAUCCCAUUAUUGAAAACGAGAUCCGGUUGGGCGCUAUUACCGCCUUCAGACGGUUCCCGUGCCACAUAUCAAGACAGCCGCUGCAGACACUCUUCAUGGACUCUACCCAGGACUCAGAGCUGCGCAUCGCCGCCUACCUUGAACUGAUGCGCUGCGCAGACUUCCAGAUCGUCAAGCUCGUCAAACAUAUGCUGCUCUACGAGGAGGUCAACCAAGUGGGGUCGUUCGUGUGGACUCACCUUCAGAACCUGCAGGAGACAGGCCUCCCGUCACGCGCUGAGGUGCAGGGGCUUCUCUCCAACCAGGAUAUUGCCUCCAAGUUUACCCCAGACAUCAGAAGGUUUUCCAGGAACAUCGAGUGGUCGGGCUUCUAUGACGAUCUCAAUGUUGGAGGCGGAGCGGACAUCAACAUGGUGUUCUCGCAGAAGUCUUACAUCCCGCGCUCGGCAACCUUCAACUUCACUACCGACCUCUUCGGCCACUCCCUCAACCUUCUGGAGAUUGGAGCGCGGGCGGAAGGCUGGGACCGCUACACUGACAGCAUCUUCAGGAGUACACCCUCCGAGGACGACUCCCCUAGCAUUAGCAACCCCAAGGUUCUCAGUCUCAUCGAACAGGCCGGCAAGCAAGCCCAAUACCUCGAGAAAGACGCCGAGUUGUCACUUCACAUGAAGACGUUUGGGAGCGAGAUAUACUAUCGACACCUGCACGGGAUGGACAAGAUCAUGGAGGCUAUUAACACCCUCAACCCAGCGGAGAGGAUUCGUCUCCUCAACCAGGGACAGGCUAUCAACAUUCACAAAUCAUGGUUGGCGGCGGAGUCAACGUUCAUCAUCCCCACUACUGCAGGGCUGCCUCUCAACCUCAGCCUCACCGCCAGCGUCGCCCUCGACCUCCACGCCAGCGGCAACGUUGACAUCUUCUCCUUCUUCACUACUGGCCAAGGAGGCAUCAGUGGCAAACUGAAGCCAAGCGUGGGUGUUGAGGUGAUCGGGUCCAUGCUGGUGGAUGGGCACGCGGCACAGUCAGGGGCUCAGCUGACGGCUACGCUCCACUCCUCCACUGUGGUGGAAGGCAGGUUCGACGUGGAAGGCUCCGAGAACCUCCGCCUCGAUAUUAAAGUGCCCAGGGACAAGAUUGAUAUCGUCAACAUGACGACGAGCUUGGUACUGGUUCAUGGGUCGCCUGAAGCUGGGUCCCUGGAGGUGGUGGAGGGCGUGACCAGCGACCGCAUGGAGCUCACUGGCUGCUCGGACUACCAACAGCAACUCGGAACCAAACUGUGCUGGAACGUGCAGUACCCUAAUGCCUCCAGGGUUCCAGAGAGCCCAUUCUAUCCGCUGACGGGGCCGUCUCAGCUCCAGCUGGCCUUGCACAAAACUGAUCCAACGUUGUCCACCUACCAACUGCGUUACACCUGGGAGACACGCCCUGAAUAUCGAACAUUCCUGCUGUCGGUGAAUACACCUGGCACUGCCACUCCUAGAGAACACAGUGUUAAAUACAACGUCAACUUCAGGUCACAGAACAUCUACCUGGAUCUCCACUCGCCCAAGACGAAUGUGUCAGCCAGAGGUCGGUACGUGUGGACGAACAUUGACAAGCGGCUGGACCUGAGUUUGACGGUGAACAACCAUGAGACGGCCACCUUCACCACCGGGAUCACCUCCUACAGCAAGGCUGGCAGAGACGUCUUCAACCCCGUCUUCACCGUCACCUGGCUCCAGCAGGAGAUUGUCAAGGUUACAGGCGUGAUAGACCUGCGGCAGAAGCGGGGGGCGCGGGUGUACGUGGCAGAGAUGCGGGUGAACUACCAGGUGCCAGGAGAGGCCGGCCAGUGGCACCCUGCCACCGGUACCAUCAACGGAGAGCUCACUGACAACGGCCUGGAGAGGGAGGCCAAGCUGGACCUGGCCUACAGCCCCGCGGUGGGGGCGCCGGAGGAGAACCUCAGGAUCGAGUACAAGGAGACCAACUCCUCCACGGUCACCGACAUUAAGUUCGAGCGCAACUGGCGGUUUUUCUUCUCCCAGUUCCCCAGCCUUAACUUCAAGGGCCAGUGGUUCCACCGGCGCCAUUUUGGGUCAGUGGAGAACAACCUACAGAUUAACUUGGGCGAGAAUUUUGAAGACCCACAACACCGUGUGGAUGUCUACCAGGCUUUCACUGUCUACCUGGCCGACCACAGGACCACCCUCAACUCCACCUUCAGUGUUAAGCACCUGAGAAGUAACCUGGACCUGAAGGUGGGCGGCGACUGGUUCCACGACGACCACGUUCUCAAUACGGGCUUCCUCGUCCAGUACGCCACAAAUCGCCAGGUGGAGUCUCGGCUGCACAUGAAGAAGGAGCUCUCAGGGUUCCUGGACACUCAGGGCUUUUGGUACCUGAAGGUACCGGAUAACGUCCACUGGGAGGUCAAGGGUCAUAUCAAAGAGAAGAGAGGCAAAAUAUACACGUUUGAGGGUGAGGCCAAGUCUGGGGGCAGCUGGCGAGUGGAGGUGGGUGGGGCGUAUGGGGACUUCUCCUCCCGUCUUGAACGAGUACACAACUUGUUGCUGGACGUCACCCUCCCUCCCUACGGUCUCACCAGGAUCAACGCCACCUUCCACGCCAACGAGCGCCAGAUGAGCCUCGACACUAGCGUGCUAACGAACUCUGGACGCAACUACCGCGUUCGGGUGGAGUAUGAGCACGGGGAGGACCACCUGCAGACGCGAGGCCACAACCUCCAUCUGGAGCUCCACCUCCCUAACCAGCUCUACAUCCUCAACACCGCUAUCACCUUCGGCUCAGUUGUUACCAUCACCACCGAGCUCCACCUGGACAGACAUCGAGACAUCCACAUGAGUGUGACGGCGGACGUGCUGAGGCCCAGGCAGAGAGGAUUCCAGGUGCUCCUCAAGUGGGACGCCAACAGGGAUCCGAACCAACGGAUGGACUUGGAAGUGAAGUAUGAAACUCCCAGCGACAGGAGGUCCUCCUUCACCAUGAGUGGACUUCUCUUCUUUCUGGGGCAGCAGUAUCGGGCCAACUGGAUGACUCUUAAACAACUGGAGUACGUGGAGGAGGACCUGGUGUGGGAGCACAGGAACGAGGGCGCCUUGAGCUGGACGGACACGAGUCGGGUGGUGCAGUCCGUCACCGCUAACAUGACCUUACGCUUCAGACGCGGCGACACGGCUGAACUCUACGGCAAGUUUGACCUCACAACUCCUUUCAUGCACUGGACCAAGAACUACCUGGAAGUGAAAUACUUCCGCAACGUAGACCAGAUUGAGAGCACCUUGAGGGCGCGCUGGCACGACGGAGAGUUCAUUGACUUGCAGCUCUUGGCUCAAAAGCAGAUAGACGCUGCUAAUUUUAUGAUCGAAUCCAAGCUGGACGUGAGCUCCUCCUUCGAGGGCCUCGUCAGCGCCAGCACAGGGGUCAAGAUGGAGAAGAAACCGAACAUUAUCGACUCGAACUUCUACAUCCAGUGGGACCGAGACCGCUUGGAGAUUUCCUUGGAGGGUAAAGACGACAGCUUCCACGACGAGCUCCGUUACUCGGUGUUCGGCCAGAUCCUCACUACUAUUGAGGGCUACCGCGAGAUGUCUUCGGCCGUCGACCUAAUGCUCAGAUCUGCCUCCCUCGACCUCAAGGCCACCUCCAAGUGGGAAGGAAACAACUAUAAGCUUCACUUAAACGGAGACAUGUACAAAGGAAAGGAGUACCUGUUUGCCUCUCUGGUGUUGAGUUCCCUGCAGCAGGAGGACAUCGUCACAGCUACCAUCCGCGUCUACCAGGAUCCCCUCGUCAUGGAGGACAAACUCUCUAUUAUGGUGAAGUGGUUCGGAGAUGAAGUGAUGGUUGAGGGCCAGGUGGCGACGCUGCCCCAGAACUUCAAGGCAGGCUUACACAUAGAGACCACACUGGAUGAACUCAAACGUGCCGUCAUCGUCCUGGGCCACUCUAAGGACCCCGUCUUCAAGACCGAAGCCAAAGUUCAGUGGAACGAUAAAGUUGAUGUAGGGUUUGUGCUGCUGGGUCAGGUGAUGUCACUUUCAGACUUCCUCGUCAGCUGUACCAUCCUCACCCCUUUCCCAGGCUUCAAGGUCAUAACAGGAGAGCUGAGAAACUUUUUCCGACUGGAACCUGAGGUCCGGGUCCACUCUAGGAUCUUUGGCCAGCUUGGUGAACAAAAGUACGGACUGGGGGCUCGCUACGAGCACGGCCAGCUGCCUCGCCUGAGGGUGGCGCUGGAGGUGUACACGCCCCUCCCGGAGCUCCACACAAUCUUCCUGGACCUGUGCGACAACUCCACCGUCACUGAUACUAGCUACGAUCUCACCAUGCAGUACGGACCCACCAACACCCUAAGACUCAACCUCGAACUCCAGCAAAGCGAGAAUGGGGUGGAAGGUCAAGCCAUCACCGUGCUGCCUCUCAGGUCCCUGGACGAGCACCUCAGUGACACCAGUCUCCAGGCCUCAGGUAGCCUCUCCUGGAUGCCCGAGGCCAAGCUCGACCUUACCAUCUCUUCUGAUGCAUCCAUCCCCACCAAGCUGGUGUUGAAGGGAAGGUUCCCCAAGAAGGAGGAAGGGGAGCUGCAGCUGAUGUUGACGACGCCAGUGGAGGGAUACGAGACACUGGACAUAGCGUGCGAGUACCAGUUGCCUGACGACUACCAGGCCGGCCACCUCACCCUCAGGUUCAGUACUCCUGCAGGCCGAGCCUUCCACCUCACCACAGUUGGCACUACCAAAGAUUUUUCCGGCUCCUUCGCCUCACCGUUUGAACCUUUCAGAAACGGAACCUUCGCGUGGAAGUUGACAGCCUUAGAUGUUCUCAAGUCUCAGCUGCUGACUAAGUUGGGCUGGGAAGGAGGCGACAUCGUGUUGGAUGCCACUGUUAAAUUCCAGCAUAAUUUCAUUCGUGAGUUGGAUGGGACCCUUGAGACGCCGUGGGAGGACCUGGAACACUCCAGACUCCGGCUGGAGGGCACGCCGCAGGAGGGCGGCUACAGGAACCGGCUGGUGCUGGAGGGAUCUGGACACACCUACCGAGGCGACCUCUUCUGGAAAUACCGAGAGGAGAAUGACUGGGAGGUGGACAUCCAGGUGGAGCGGGAGUACGGGGGAGAACACGGCAGGUACACCGUCCACCUCGGCCUCACUAACCUCCACUCACAGCCGCUCAAGGUGGCGCUGCGCCUCACCACGCCUCACCAAGCCUUCAAGAGCCUCAAGAUCGAUCUUCUGCUACAACCAUCACAAGCCCCUUACCAGCUCAAAAUCGUUUGGGAGACUCCUGUUGGCUCCGGUGAUCUCGAGCUCGUCUUCAAGAGCUUCUCUUUCAGUAAGGUGGAGGGCAACGUGUCCCUGAAGGUGGUGCAGGAGGAGGGUCCGGACAGGUCCUACGCCGUGGAGCUGGACCUUACCAAUGGCUCGGCGCAAGAUAUGAUUGACGUAGUGGGCAGCGUCGACGUCAAGAGCAAUGACGGCUACUGGGACCACCUGGUGGUGAAGGGGAGGGUGCUGCAGGUGUCGUCAGCGCCGGGGGAGCUGAGCCUGUACCUGCUGUGGCCUCGUCUUGAACCCAUCACAUUUAAGGCCCUCGCUGAGCAUUAUCACGACCACGACGGCUUCCGCGUCAUUAAGCCCACCAUCACUCUUGACCUCUCCAGGUCACGCUACAGCUUCGCCGGCGAGUUACGUAAAGACGACCGUCGGCUGAACCUGACGGGAACGCUGGACUGGGAGCGAGGGUCAUCGGCGCCCCAGCAGGUCGUCCUCCACUCCAGCCUGGUGUUCAAAGGAGAUGCCAUAGACGGCCUCCUGACCUUCGACCUGCCCAUGGUGCAGGGCUGGCACACCAACAAGGCCGACAUCCACUACGAGGCCCAUGACGAGAGGCACUGGUUCAGGACAACCAUAGAGACGGGGUCAGAGGUGACGACAGUGUCAGGCAACAUUUUGGGUCAAGGCUUCCCUGCAGGUGACGGGGUUAUUACCGUCACUUCCUCCCUCGUCUGGGACAAACAGCCCAUCAUUCUCAAUUUUAAGCAGGAGCUGACGGAGGAAGGGUACGAGGGUGACUAUAACUUGGAGUGGCCCCGAAGGCACAACUCCACCUCGCCCUGGGAACGCAGUCCCGUCCACGCCUCCCUCAAGCAUCGCUUCCUGCCGUCAGGACACCGUGGUACUCUGCAGAUCACGGGAGAUUUCACACAGAAAAUGCCCGUCCAGAUCGACUAUGGUUUUAAGUUCCCUGUGACGGGGGACGUGACGAUGGAGUUGGGGGCCACGUAUCGUCUCUUUGUACUGAAGGUGAAAGUGGAGCGCCUCACCGCUGUGCUCCCUCAAGGCAUCGUCAAACGCCGCACUUCCUUCGAGUUCGACAACGCCCUCUGGCCUUUUGGAAUAUCCUCAACUACAGAAACUAACCCUAAAACGGAUACGGAAUUAGAGACAGUGACGACGGUGGAGGUGUUCGACCUGUACGAUGUGACCAGACGCAUCACCAUCAGCCUCCUCCACAACACUGCUCAGUCCGGCACACACUUCUCCAUCAAGGGGAACGUGCUGGACCGGGAGGUGGUGCUGGCCAUGGGCUACCGCCUCACUCACCAAAACUUCCACACCAGCUUCCUUCUCUCCUGGUCUCAAGACGAGAAGAUCGAAUUUGAUUUCGACUGGAAGGACGUCUCCAAGGGGUUCACCAAGGAGCACAUUUUGAGGGGAAAAUUCUCGCAACCUUACCGCACUGUGCUGCUCGACGGGUUCUACAAGCGCUCCUCCAGGAACAUCAACGCCUACAUCACCUUCAACUGGGACGUCGACGACAGCGAUGAUCCCAGCGAGGUGACCGGUCGGUUGACAUGGGCGGACGAGAGCACGACAGGGAACCGGCUUCACAAGGGCCUGAUCAGUCUCACACACCCGCUCCUACAGGAGGACGUGAAGCUAGCGGGAGAACUACGUCAGAAUGCCCGGGAGUUGAUCGCGGCGGAUGUGAAGCUGGAGUACUCGCAGGGUUCCCAGGAUGAUCUGACGGCGACGCUGGUGGUGACGAAAGACACGGCGCACGAUGGAGCACUCGUCUUUACCGGCACCACCUCCCUCCUUCACCCGGCUUCCAACUUGAGUGUGGAGACCAACGGGACAGUGAGUUUCGGGUCAGCCAGAUACGGUCUGGAGCAGGACCUGAGCUACACCAACCUCACCGGUCACCAGCACACCGCGCACCUCCUCACCACGCUCCACCCUCUCCAGAAGACCCUUCACAUCUCGCUGGAAACGUGGAGGAAGCUGGUGGACAUCGAGAUGGAGGUGGAGCAGGACAACCAGGGCCGGUGGAAGGUGGCAACGACUAGCUCCCCUGGCCAGGCGCCCCUCUUGACCUACCUGCAGGUGCAUCCCGCCCAUCCCGUCCUCACCAUCACCUUCGACAACCUCCUCUCUAAUGACACCACCUACGACACUUCGUUCCCCAGGUAUAUUGCGGAACAAGUGGUGAUUGAAGGCGGUAUAGAGGAUCACCGCAAUGCUCGCUUCUCUAUGAAGCACUUGCAGCCCGCGUGGCUCAGAGGAGAGGCGGCCGAGGUGUCCGAGUGGAUUUCUGAUGCAAACUUCUUCUUCCGUCUGAACCAUUCCCGGCUCCUCACCUCGCGCCUUUCCUGGAGACCCGAGAUGAAGCUUGAGCUGAUGAACGAAGUUGCGGAGGUGAUCGGUGCGUCGCACGACCUGCGCCAGAACUUGGAGGACUGGGUGAUGGGCUCCCUGGAGGUGGCUGCAGACGAGGUCCUCAUCCGUGCCCAACCCAUCCUCAAGGACUUGGUCAAAGUUGUCAGACCACUUCUUCUGGACUUCAGGAAUGAGUCCCGGGAGUUCGUAGCGGACCUGUGGCUUCUCUACAACAACAUCAACUCGACGGCGAUGGAGCUGCAGAUUCUGGAGUCUGUUAGGUUCGUCGUCAGCAGCGUCAUGGUGACCCUGGAGGAAAUACCAGCCGUCCAGCGCCUGAAGGCCCGCCUGGAAAGCGGGGUGCUGCGUGGCGCCCUCAAGACCAUUCUCGACAAGCUCCGAGGCUUCUACCUUCAGCUCUUCUUAGAGCCGUCUGGACCAGGGCUGAAGGAGAAGUUGAGUUCGCUGCUGUCCACCUUCGCUGAGAUGCAUGACCAGAUGGCGAAGCGCCUGUACCUGUGGAUGAGCAAAGCUGUCCAGGGGUUCACGGACCGGGUGGGGGAGUGGCUGCGGCGCAAGUGGAGGGCCGUCUACGACAACUACAAGCCCCACAUCCUCAGGACAUUCGAUGACGUGGAGACCAACGCCUGGAUCUUCGCCGAGAACCUUAUUGAGUGGCUGCAGAAGCUGGGCCUGGAAAUCAAAUCCUCAGCUACCUACCGGCGCAUCCAGGAAAUGGUCGAGUACUUGGAAGACAUCUAUAGAGACUUCACCGAGAACUCGAAGCGUGAGAACCUGGAGAAGUACUACAACAUGAUGGUCGAAAUGGUUAAAAACGGAGUUAGAGUCCUCAUGAUGAGAGUGGCACCGUUCGUGGAGGAUUGGGUGGGCGAGCUACGGAAAGCAUGGGAGCAACUUCUACAGUACCGACCUGUAAGACAACUGCAGCUGACCCUCCUCGCUGCUGCCGACAAGGUGUUGUGGACGGUGAGGUAUGUUGACGUGCGGGGCCACGUGGUGGACGCCUUGGUCUUCACCCUCGAGCACGGCUACACUAUCGUCUCCCAGACCAGCGUCCAGGCCUCCCAGAAACACAUCUUGGCCAAGACGAAGUUCAGUUUCAUCCCAGAAGAAGGAGAGAUGGAAUUGGUGCAGAAGUUGCCCAUCGACUGGCAUUCUUUCGACCACAAGCCCAACUGGCGGGACCUGCCAGAGUACAAGAACAUCCAGUGGGUGCGUGAUACCUUCUUCUCCUCCAUGAACUUCACCUUCCACGAGGUAUGGUACAAAUACCUCAACCUCGACCUCAGCUUGAAGCCCAUAUCGUGGAUCCUUCCCUCACCGGCGACGGGGUACAUGAUCGGGGAGCAGCACUUCAUGACCUUCGACGGCCGCCACCUGGAGUUCAAGGGACGGUGUCAGCACCUUCUGGCGGCCGAUAUGGUGGGCGGGAGGUGGGCGGUGACCGUCAACUACCACAGCCACUCAUCACGCACCAUCAUCAUAUACAUCGACAAUAGCGAAAUAGAACUGGCCAGUGAAUUCAGGGUGACAAUCAACAGACGUCCAACGGAGCUUCCAGCGGGGCUUCCUUCAGCAACCGUGCACAGGUGGCUCAAUAAGAUCCACGUCUACACUGACUACGAAUUCUCCGUCACCUGGAACCAGGCUCACGACGUUGUUGCUGUAUCCGUCUAUGGUCUGUACUUCAACAAAACUGGCGGGCUAUUGGGUGUGUACAACAACGAGCCUUACGACGACUUCCAGCUCCCCGACGGCACUCUGGCACCUGUGGUGGGGGUGCUGGCCGAGGGAUGGGACGUGAGCCGCAGACAGUGCCUCUCCAGCGGAAACAUCGCCAGAGGUCGCUCCAAGGUGCCUAUAGGCGCCUGUACGUUCCUCUUCCAGGCUAACAUCUCUCCCUUCAAGCACUGUUUCUUCCAGGUGGACCCGAGGCCAUACCUGGACAUGUGUCUGGUGGACUACCGGGGCCAGGAGCGUGACACGUGUACAGCAGCUACAGCCUACACGGAGGCCUGUUCCACUAAGAGCAUUCCCGUCAAGAUUCCCGUUUUCUGCGUCCAGUGUGAAUACAUGACUAACGACGGGCAGACGAAGACGCUGGAGGAGGGCACGUCAGUCAUGCUGGAGAGAGACGAGAUCCUCAGAUCUACAGACGUGGUGCUCCUGGUGGAGGCCAGAGCCUGCAACCUGGCCCUCGCGGAGAAAAAACCGCUCAACCGCUUCGAUGCCUUCAUUCAUGUCAUGAACGAGGAGUUAGAGACGAAUGGUUUUCGUCUUGUGAGGUACGCUAUGGUGGUGUACGGCUCUGACAGUGGAAUGUUUACUCAGCCGACUGUGUCCACUGUUGACAACCAGAUCUUUGUCGAUGCUGCCAACAUCCACAGAGCCCUCGACCACGUCGUGUUCUUGAAUGAGACGGAUGAGGCGUACGGGUACCUCUCUCCUGACGCCUUCGACGCCUUCACUGUGGCUGCCAAGCUCAACUUCCGCGCUGGCGUCACCAUCACCUUCGUCCACUUCCCCUGCGAGUCUUGUCUCCCAGCCGUUCCUUCUAUGGACUACAGUACCAUGUACCACAUCCUCCUGGAGUACUCAAUCAACCUCCACGUCUUCAAUCAGGAGCUCUUCGACAUCCCGAAGGAGAAGGAGAAAAAGAAGAUACUGGGUAUUGACAGCAGCAACGCCUACACUCUCAAGGAUGCCAAGAACCGCGGGAGAGCAGUUGUACUGAAGGGCGACCCGGUGAUCAGACGCCAAGUUACUAUUCCCAAGGACAAGCUUGGCUUCUGUGCCCCUCUCGCCCUCGAGACCAAUGGAACCAUCUUCACGUUCUCGUCCUUCAUGAUCCCGAAGAGACGCUCUCCAGGGAAGGAGAAGAAGAAAGUCAUUAAGCUGGCUACCGUGUUCGGUCAGCGGGUUGCACUGACGGCCCUCCCGCAGGAGCGCAAGCGGUGCGUGUGCGUCCCCACCACUCCUGACGGAGCCGCCAGCGUCCACUGUGACAACUGGAACAAUGGACACAUCUCCAUCCUCGAGCAGUACGCGGCCGAGGAACUACCCGCAAACCCCGAGACCAACAUUGGUGAAGAAGGCUCCUGCAUUCGGCGGGACCCAGCUGGAAAGUGCGUUGAGUGGCUCAAGUACUGACUCUUCACUGUGUGAGUUGGGUUUGGAGUGUGAGUGGACAUUUUAGUGUGUGACGCAGGGUUUGCAUGAGUUUUUUUUUAGUAUUAGCUUGGUUUAUGACCGUGAACUGUUUUUCGUGAGUUUCAGCAGCUGGGUAUUGAGAGUGUGUUUGGUUUAAAAUCUAUAGCAGUUCUCCGAUAAUAUUAGAUGAGUGUACAGUAGGUCGCUCUGAUCAUGUCAGUGACACAGUGAAGAAACUCACAAUGUGCAGUGUAAUGUGAAAAGUGCAGUGUAAUGUGACAUGGUCUGGAUUAAUAUCCUCUAAUUUGUUCAGUAUUUUAAAAGUUUAUGUGAGAUCCACCUUGUCAUGUCUGAGUUGGUGUGUUGUUAGUCCUGUGACCCUCAACCUUUCCUGGUAUGUAAGUCGUCGUAGUUCUGGGAUUAUUUCUGUCGUCCUGAAUGGCUGACUGUCUCAGCUGCAUCAGUGUGUGUGAUCAAGAUCGAUAUAUUUGUAUACCAAAAAUAUGCAAGUUCGGUAAUAUUUGUUCUCCUUAUAUGUAAGCGUGAAAAUGUCUUUGAAGAUUGGCAAACUGAACCUAUAGAUAAUUGGAACACAUCACCAGGAGGCUUAUGUGGGUUUACGAGGAUUGUGCGAGGAUUACCAGGUUGGUAAUGUUUCCCAGGUUUGUCUGAGAUUUACCAGGAUUUUGGGUGGUUUACCAGGUUUAUGUGUCGAUUACCAGGUUUGGACGGAUUGUCAGGCUUGUUAUGGAUUUACCUGGGCUGUGUGGGAAUUCCUAGGUGUGUAUUUGGAUUACUAGCUUUGUGAUUUAUCGGAUUUGAGUGGAGAUAACCAGGUUUGUGUGUGGAUUAGCAGAUUUGUAUGAAGAUUAGGAUGUUUGUGUGAAGAUUACUAGGUUUAUUUGUGGAUUGCCAAGUUUUUGUCUGGAUUACAAUAUUGUAUGUAAAUUACAAGGUUCGUUUGUGGAUUACUUGGAUAAAGUUAUAUGCCUUCGUGAACAAAGUUAAUAUACUUAAUUAUAAGUGAAGACGAUGGUUUGUGUAACAUGUGUCGUUUUCAAUACUUGAACAUUUUUGUUUAGUUUUUAUUGUUUAACUGUUACCUUCAAUAGUGGUAACUUCCUUCAGUACUUCGGAUACUCUUCAUGGAAUUUGGGAUUUAGGAAUCCUUGGAUUGAAUUAAACCCCAAUGACGUUUCUACCUUUAUUUAAUUUUACAGGUAUACAUUUGUCUAAAAAGUACUUUUGGUGGUCUUAGACAUGCAAUCUUUUAAACUUUUAUCCUCUUCAGUAAACAAACAAAUUUAAAUGUGUAUUUUAUGGACUUUGUUAAAUAUAAUUUUGAUAAAUAAAA